AUGGCUUCCAAGCUGCCAGCGGUAGCCAGGGAGGAAGAGACCACCAUCCUCAUGGCCAAGGAAGAGCUGGAAGCCCUGCGGAGCGCCUUUGAGUCAGGUGAUCUCCCCCAGGCUGCCUCUCGCCUCCGGGAGCUGUUGGCCUCCUCCGAGUGCCCCGGCCUGGAGGUUGGCGUCACGGGUGAGUCAGGAGCCGGCAAGUCCUCCCUCAUUAAUGCCCUUCGUGGCCUGGGGGCCGAAGACCCCGGGGCAGCGCUCACGGGCGUUGUGGAGACCACCAUGCAACCCUCCCCCUACCCACACCCACAAUUUCCGGAUGUGACCCUGUGGGACCUGCCAGGGGCCGGCACUCCCGGCUGCCCCGCCGACAGAUACCUGAAGCAGGUGGACUUCGGUCGCUAUGACUUCUUCCUGCUGGUGUCGCCCCGCCGCUGCGGGGCCGUGGAGACCCGCCUGGCCUCCGAGAUACUGCGCCAGGGCAAAAAGUUCUACUUCGUGCGCACCAAGGUGGACGAAGACCUGGCGGCCACCCGGAGCCAGCGUCCCUCAGGCUUCAGUGAGGUCGCGGUCCUGCAGGAGAUCCGCGACCACUGCGCCGAGCGACUGCGCAUGGCCGGCGUGUCGGACCCGCGCAUCUUCCUGGUGUCCAACCUAUCGCCUGCGCGCUAUGACUUCCCGCUGCUCGUGUCCACCUGGGAGCACGACUUGCCCGCCCACCGGCGCCAUGCAGGCCUGCUGUCGCUGCCCGACAUCUCACUGGAGGCCCUGCAGAAGAAGAAGGACAUGCUCCAGGAACAGGUGCUCAAGACCGCCCUGGUGUCCGGGGUCAUCCAGGCCCUGCCUGUGCCCGGGCUGGCGGCUGCCUACGACGACGCCCUGCUCAUCCGCUCACUGCGUGGCUACCACCGCAGCUUUGGCCUGGAUGAGGACUCGCUGGCCAAGCUGGCAGAGCAGGUGGGCAAACAGGCGGGGGACCUGCGCUCAGUCAUCCGUUCCCCGCUGGCCAACGAGGUGUCGCCAGAGACGGUCCUGCGGCUCUACUCGCAGUCCUCUGAUGGAGCCAUGCGGGUGGCCCGUGCCUUCGAGAGGGGCAUCCCUGUGUUCGGUACCCUGGUGGCGGGUGGCAUCAGCUUCGGCACGGUCUACACUAUGCUCCAGGGCUGCCUCAAUGAGAUGGCUGAGGAUGCCCAGAGGGUGCGCAUCAAGGCCCUGGAGGAGGAUGAGCCGGAACCCAAGGUCAGCUUGGAGGCUGCAGGGGACAGUGGUGUGGAAAAGCGUGGACCUGGGGAGGGAAUCGGCGAGGAAGCCCCGCUCUCUGCCCGCCGCAAGUUGGGCCUCCUCCUCAAGUACAUUCUUGAAAGCUGGAAGAAACGUGACUUGUCAGAGGAGAAAUAA